UUGUUGAGCGGAAGAGCACAAGAAAACAUUUUGAUUUGAGUUGUUAAAUUUCCUGCACUAGUAGAGAACACAAUAAAAGUGAAAAAGAGAGCAUCUUGUUGUUGUUCUGCGUCUUUUAAGUAUUUUUCGUAUUCGUGUUGCUUGGUAUGCAAAAGUGGAUAUUUUCCGGACCAAAGAGAGUAACGCUUCAUCAAAAUCCUCCUCACAAUUAAUGAUUCGAUUUCGAAACCACAAAUAUAGCAUGACUGUCUGAAGAUGCGUAAAUCACUUGCACAAGGAUGCCAGUCUGAUGCCGGAAUCACUUGCGUCGCGUGACCUUCGUCUUUCGGACGACCAGUCUACAAAUAUGACAGUCGACGCAGGGAAGGGCGUGUCGGUGGAACAAGGUGCGGCAGACGCGCCACUGAGUUUAAAUCUGAAGCAAGAGAAGGCUGAUGACGGCUCUGAAGUGAAAGCAGAUCCCAACACGUCGACUAGAAACGAAGGACUUGCGCCAGCACCAGGAAAUCAAGACCCCGACCAGCAGGAAGCUACAAGAGCGCCCACAACUUGUCCCGCACAAGUCAUGCUUGAUAUCAGCACACCACGUCAUGAUGGUGGAGAGGGCCGGACUGACAGUAAGGAGGGAUCCCCAGGAGGCCUUGAUAGUUGGUAUGACGAGUCUGACGACAAAAAAGUAGCGAUGGAACUUCAACAAGCUUCUGCUGUUCUAAAGCAGCAACAGGAGAGGAAAAACAAAUCUUCAUCCACGGCGAUAUUGGAGUCAGCAGCAGCGGAUCUACACGGCAGAAACACAUCAAAUCUAACCGCAUCUUCCAGUUCCCAGUUUCCCGCACCAAGUGGUAGUUCUUCAACAAGCUCAAGUAGUACUGGUCACGGUAUGGAAUGUACCACGAGUACUAGGAGUACAUCAACCCAACCUACUUAUUCAAGUCAAGCCACCUCAGCUGCGUCCUCCAGUAAUCGACCACGAACUGACUCUGGAGAGGUGGAGGAUCCAUUCGCGGAGAUAAUACCUGUAGACAGGAUCAUGCGUGGGGCAGAGGCAGCAAAGAGCUUUUUCUCAUGGGGGCUGUCGCAAGUCGCUGAACAAAUUAACGAGAGCGAGGCGGGACGGAAUUUGACCAUAAAGGCAAAGGAAGCGACACAAGGAUGGUUGCAGGCAGAAAGCACGGUAAAAGAUCUUCAAGAUUCAUGAUGAAGGUCGCUUCGCUCUCAAAUUAGACCAACAAGCAUUUUAGAUAAUCGCAGAAUCUAUUUCAGCUGGCAUCGCGCAACGGGGAGGUGCAGCUUUUUAGAUAACAAGUACAGCAUAGUAUAAAGUGUGGCUUUGGAUGAAAGUGAUUCGUCUCCGUGCACUCCCAGGUCCGCGCUUCCUUACGGCAGGGCUUUUCAGAUACUAGCGAGCUUAUGUCAGAGGGCUUAAGGGAGAUUCGAGCAGACUUUGAUGCCGUAGCGCAAGACGUAACUGUCUCCACAGCAGAUGUGAGUGAGUCACUGAAGCCGAAGAUUGCCGCAAGUCGAGAGAACUUCAAAAAAUUCGCAUCUUUUAUGGAGGGGAGACAGCUUGAUUUGAUGAUUAUGUUAAUUGAUGCAUCGUCAUCGUGAGAUUUCGUUUGGAGGUUUGGUGUUCAUGUCCAAGACAGGUGGUUUUAGUCGUUGCUUCUAUAUCAUGUUCCAAGACGAGACUACGACAGACGAAGGCGCCUGAAGAUUUAGAUGAGGCUCUUGAUCCAUUAGGGUUUGAGGUGUCCACGUGCAAAUGAGUAGAGCAGUUCCUUUUUGAAUCCAGUUAGGGUUUGACUCUUCUAUCCGUAGAGAAGCAUCUAAUUUUUCCGCUGCCACCUCAGCAGCAAGCGCAGCGAUUUGGUUUCAAUCGAUGGGGAGGGUAGACGCAGAUUCGGAUGAAGAAAAGGGUGAAGGGAAGCGGACAGUUGUGGGAGAGAAAAAGACUUAUGAAGAGCAUGAUCUUGUUUGGUGCUGAGUAGUUCUAAAACCAGCACGACUGUAAAAACUACAAGUGGUCUGAAAUAGUACUACGAGUCGUGGUCUGAAUUAGUACUACAAGUGGUCUGAAUUAGUACUACGAGUUAUGGUCUGAAUUAGUACUACAUCAAGUGGUCUGAAUUAGUACUACAUCAAGUGGUCUGAAUUAGUACUACAUCAAGUGGUCUGAAUUAGUACUACAUCAAGUGGUCUGAAUUAGUACUACAUCAAGUGGUCUGAAUUAGUACUACAUCAAGUGGUCUGAAUUAGUACUACAUCAAGUGGUCUGAAUUAGUACUACAUCAAGUGGUCUGAAUUAGUACUACAUCAAGUGGUCUGAAUUAGUACUACAUCAAGUGGUCUGAAUUAGUACUACAUCAAGUGGUCUGAAUUAGUACUACAUCAAGUGGUCUGAAUUAGUACUACAUCAAGUGGUCUGAAUUAGUACUACAAGUGGUCUGAAUUAGUACUACAAGUGGUCUGAAUUAGUACUACAAGUGGUCUGAAUUAGUACUACAACAACAAGAGCGAUCCUUUUUAGAUGUUAGUUGCUUCAGAGGCUUUCUUCACUUUCAUGAAACUUCGGCUGAUGUGAAGACCGCGGAGACGGACAACGUUGAGGACCCAGAACCCUUGGCUAAAGUACCAGAGCAACAGCGUGGUAUGGAGAUGGGGGCGUGAAGGCGGCGAUCGACCCCGUCAGAGUCUAGGUGGAGCUAGUGAUGCAAUCCGGUGAAACCAAUGCUCCUGUUUAGAACCAGACACCCAUUGUCAGGUGCUUGUCAAGCGACGCCAUGUUUGUACAAUGACCGCUACGGGCUCCCUUUCAUUUUCUCAUAUCAAUUCUAAAUACGACUCUUCGAUUGACGUGCGAUAUUUGGUCUAAAUUUACCCAAAUCCACACUGAAUUUCCACCUUAUGUUCAUCGAUGUGAAGAUCGUGAGGGCCUUAUCAUGUUGGUUCUCAUGUUGACGUAUUUUCAGAAGCGAUGAAGAGCGAAGCAGCGCGAGAGGCUUAUGUUGAGACCGUGGAGUCGGAAUGUGUGUUCUGUGGCUUCAUGUUGGCGAAAUCUAAAGAAUGAAAUCAGCUCUCUGAAUUAUAC